AUGUCUGAAGCAAAGUACAUCCAGCCCGCGCCCAGCUCGUUCGACGACGCUCACAAGCCCAAGGUCGAGCAGCUCAUCCUCGACUUCCGCAAGGCCGAUGUCGAGCUCGUCAAGCAGGAGCUCAAGAUCCAGGCGCCCCUCUUUGAGAAGCGUGCCGAGAUUGUCGCCGAUGUCGAGAACUUCUGGUUCCAGUCGAUGGUCAACUGCAUGGCCAUGAACGUCUACAUCGACGACGCCGACCACGAGGCGCUCAGCUACCUCUCUGGCGUCCGCGUCGAGCGCGACCUCGACGACCCGCGCGCCGCCACGAUUGUGUUUUCCUUCCGCGAGAACCCCUUCUUUUCCGACGCCGAGCUCGUCAAGAAGUUCCCCCUGGCCGAGGGCGCAAAGACGCUCGAGGAGCAGUUCAACUUUGUCGAGGAGACGGUGCCGCAGAAGACCGAGAUCAACUGGAAGAGCGACGACAAGAACCUCUGCAAGCUCAAGCCCACCGUCGGCGGCCGUGACUCGGACGACUUUGAGCCCGGCUCGUUCUUCUCGACCUUUUUUGCCAACACCGACACCGAGGUUGCUGGAGGAAUUGGCCACACGAUCAUGGUCGACUGGUUCCCCAACGCACUCGACUUCUACCUCGGCGAGGACACGUUUGACGACGAGGACUUUGACUCCGAGGAGGACGAGGAGGAUGAGGACGACGAGGAUGCCGAGAUUGACCUCGAGGCUGAGGAGGAGCGACCCAAGAAGAAGACCAAGGCCAACUGA